AAAAAUUCCUGUUUAAUAUUGAGUAUUUCCCAUUCAUCAAGAACAGCCUUGUCCAAUGCUUCCACAGUGUUAGGACCUGGUUUUCGCUGUCGUACUCGUCAUUUAAAUUGGUCCCGAAUAUGUUCCAUUGGGUUCAAAUCUGGACUUUGAGCUGGCCACACGAAGCACUCAAUUCCAUUAAGGCGUGUCCAGCUGUCAAUCAUUGCCGUCGAUUGACACUCCAGAGUCACGCUGGCCUCUUUUAAACCGAGUCUGGCGAGCUUUGGCACAGGGCAAUUAUGCCAAACGGUCGGGAAAAAGUUGCGGACUCGUCGGUAGAUCGAUUCUGUUUACAUGAUCGGCGGCUAUGGCAACAAAUUUGGCCCGUGAAGGGCUCUCGCAGGGACCAGUCGUCGGUCAAACAUGAAGACAUGCACCUCGCCAACGGCCCUUCCAACGGCUACACGCCGCAAAACAACACGCAAGGAACCGAUGAAAAACUUAUGGUAGCUGUGAGAGUCCGGCCUUUGAAGCAAGAUGAAGGGGAGAGGAUCAUCCACGUCAUCGAUGAUCACACGAUUGUACUGGACGAUGAAACGGACAAGAAAGACGUCUUGCGACAUAAGAGGCCUUCCGACAAGCAGUACACUUAUGACUUCGCCUUCGGGGAAAAUUCCACCCAAGAGGAAGUCUACGCUGCGACAACUCGCGGUUUGGUCAGGGACGUCCUCCUGGGUUACAACGCCACCGUUUUCGCCUACGGUGCUACUGGGGCAGGAAAGACGCACACCAUGGUCGGGACGGCAGCUCAGCCGGGGAUUAUGGUUAGGGCUCUCAACGAUCUUUUCACAUCCGUCUCAAACGACGAGGACAAGUACCAGGUGAAAAUGUCAUAUCUAGAGCUGUACAACGAAAACAUAAGAGACUUACUCAACCCUACUUCCGGAUUUCUCGAAUUGAGAGAAGAUUCUGGCCCCCUCAGAACACCGACGGUGGCCGGUCUCACUGAAAUCGAGGCCACCUCUACCCAUGAGGUAAUGGGCCUUUUGCUAAGAGGCAAUAAAGAAAGGACGAUAGAGCCGACCGCAGCGAAUAAAACUUCAUCCAGAAGUCAUGCACUGCUCAGUGUCACGGUCGUAAGCGAGGAAGGUGAAGAUAGAAGAAAAGGGAAAUUGUACAUGCUUGACUUGGCAGGAAGCGAGCGUGCUUCAGUCACAAAGAACCGAGGGAAAAGACUUUUAGAAGGGGCUCAUAUCAAUAGAUCGCUCCUUGCGCUGGGUAACGUGAUAAAUGCCUUGUCUGGAAACGGUGGAGGGACGUCUUCUUCUGGCAACGGUGGGCGUUAUGUUAAUUAUAGAGACUCGAAACUCACGAGGCUGUUGAGAAAUGCGCUUUCCGGUAACUGCAGGACGGUUAUGGUCGGUCACGUCUCACCAUCUUCUAUUCAUAAGGACGAAACGAAAAACACACUUAUCUACGCUUCUAGAGCAGCCAGGAUAACCCACAAGGUCGAAAAGAAUGAACUUGAAGUCGGUUUUCAAGUCUCCCAGUAUCGGGAAAUAAUAUCAGAUCUCAGAUCGGAAAUAGGAAGGCUGAAAAACAAACUUACAGAAAGCCGUCCGACAUCAGCCGAUAUAAGGGGAAGGACUACAGGCACCCCUGUGAAACAACUGAGGGAACAGAUAAUUGCCACUUUUAGAGAGCAAAUGAAACUGAGACGUAGGUUGAUGGACAUAGAUGGACAUUUAAUGUCGCUCGGUGUGGAAGCUGAGAGGCAACAUCAGAUCAUCUCACAAUGGGAAGCGAGGAGAAGUAAACUUUACAAUAGGGCGAGGCCUCAUACCAGUGCAGAGGAAGGUGGAGAGGUUUCCAUUCAUGAUGCUUGGUCUGAGCUCAGCUAUAUUGAGAGGGAACAAGAACGCUACGUUGCACUACGCUCUGCGACAUUAAAAGAAUUGGAUGCUACAAGGCAAAAUGCAGUGGCACUUGAAAAUGAUUUGCCAGAACAGCUAGAUUCAGAAACAGAGAGGGAGAUGUUGUCGUUAUUGAUAAGGGUUCAUGAGCUAGAAGCAGACAAAGUGGCGAUGCAAGGGGAAAGGUUAGUCGAAACACAUGAGCUCAGAAGGAGGGCAGAUAUGUUGCAAAGAUUUUAUCGACAGCAGAGGCUAACUGAUGAAAUCAUAACAAGGCAACGACAUCUUAUUGAAGAAGGAAAAAUUCAGCUUCCAAAUGAUCUUCAAGAUUUGUAUAGUCUGUACCAACAGGAAAUUCAUGCAACUACAUUCAGCACGGACACGGCCGGAAUUCCUUACACGGCCUAUGAUACCCUUCCACCUAUCAAAGAAGUAGAGACUGUUCUUAGCAGAAGGGGAUAUACAGCGAUGAUACCUCCAACAGCAGAUUCAGAAUAUGGAAGAACUUCUACAGGGGGUUCAUCUUCAUCAGACUGGGAACUCCCAAAAUUGGCUAAUUCUCAAAACCAUGUAACUGCCAAUGAACCGCUUCCACCAAUUCCCCAACCGAUUCUUUUCCCACCAAUCAGUCGUUCUUAACUUUUAUCGUGGAUCUGAUUCACUUGUAAAAUCAAAAAUUGUAUUAUAAUCAAAACUGUAUGGCAGUGAAUAAGAAAUGUGUUUAUGCAGGUUAGGCUAUUUCUGUAUACAAAAAUUAAAAUUUAAAAAACAAAGUAUUUUGAUAGUUUCAAUAUUUCAACAUUCAUUUAAUCAAAAUGUGACCAAUUGUAAAUAAUUUGCCUUAAUGCCUAAUUUGUAAUAUGCAUUAACUAAAUAAAGUCGUUUU